AAAAAAAUCUCAUAAAAAAAAUUUAAAUUUGUGUGGUGCUGGUUGCAGUUUAAAUAAGUGCAGGAGAUAAAGUCUCCUCUCAAAAUUAGACCCAUUAAGUGUUAAAGCAUGCUACACAUGUUUAUAGCAUCAUGAUAAGAGGAGCAUAUUUUGAUAAUGAAAUCCCCCCAAAAAAGGGGCAUCUAAAUCUUGUGUCAACACCUUGAGUUUAGUCGUUAGAAUUUGGUUGACGAAUUUCUUUUGUUAACACUACGCCGUAGUCUGCCAAGCAACCCGAUAAGAGAGAUUCUCCAGACGAUUCUUCAGACAAUUCCAUAAAUUGUUGGAUGCACAUUGGUUCUGGAACUCUGGAAUAUUCAAUACAUUUCAGUUUCGGUGAUUAAUGGACGCGUUGAACUUUAACGAUUGCAAUUUUUCCUAUCAGCCAACAGCAGCAAGAAUCAUAAAUUAUGAAAUGUGGAGAUAGCCCAAGAAAUCGUUUUAUAAUUAAUUGUCGUAAGCAGAUUUGUUUUGAAUUUAAUGGGAAAUAAAAUUCAUAGCCACAUGGAUGUAAUAUUUUAUGUAAAAAUUGCGAUUGGGAUAUAAGGAUAGUUUAUAAGAGUAUCAGAAACUACGCUGCAACGUGCAAGGAUCGAGGCCAGAACAAUCAGGAUCUGGCUCUGGGACCAGGGCUGUUAUUUAUACCUCAGCCGGAGAAGAACUUACGAUGACCUGUGACAUUGUUCAGGAAAUGGAAUCUCAGUCCUCGAUUCAAAGGGAUAAGUGGAGCAAAGGCGUUGAGUUUCUCUUCUCCUGCAUCGCCUUGUCCGUGGGUUUGGGAAAUGUCUGGAGAUUUCCCUUCAUUGCCCUGGAAAAUGGAGGUGGAGCCUUCGUAAUACCCUAUGUGAUAGUGCUCCUGUUGAUUGGCCGACCUGUUUACUAUCUGGAGGUGAUCAUUGGACAGUUUUCGAGCCGUGGCUGCAUCAGAGCAUUCGAUAUGGCUCCCAUAAUGAAGGGGAUAGCUUAUGGACAGGUUUAUUCGACUGCUCUGGCCACCACCUAUUACGCCUGCAUUAUGGCCCUGACUAUACGUUAUUUGGUGGCUAGUUUCUCUGAGAUCCUGCCCUGGACUUACUGUUUGGCGGAGUGGGGUAGCAGUUGUGUGGCCACUGGAUCUUCUCUGGGAAGUAACUCAUCUCUUUCCCAAGGAGUUUCUUCAGCAGAGCUAUUCUUUACACAAACUGUGUUGCGGGAACCGGAAACUCUGGAGGAGAGUGGCCUGGGCACGCCUAGCUGGGACUUGGUACUAUGUCUCAUGGCCACCUGGCUGAUCAUUGGCACUAUCUUGUGCCGCGGAAUUCGUAGUUCUGGAAAGGCUUCGUAUUUCCUAGCCCUAUUCCCGUAUGUGAUUAUGAUUAUCCUGCUGAUCAGAGCGGUUACCUUGCCAGGAGCUUGGCGGGGAAUUGUGUACUUCUUGGAGCCUCAGUGGUCCCAGCUUCUGAGUCCCCAUGUUUGGUAUGCGGCCAUUACGCAAAUGUUCUUUUCCUUGGCCAUUUGCUUUGGCACUCUUGUGAUGUACGCCUCCUUCAAUGAUUUUCACAAAAAUGUCCACAAAGAUGUAAUUAUAAUAACAUCCAUUGACUCAAUGACCUCGAUCCUGGCUGGUUGCAUCAUUUUUGGGAUUCUGGGUAACCUGGCCUACGAGACAAAUACCACCGACAUAUCCCAAGUCGUCAAGGGCGGAGCUGGCCUGGCUUUCAUCUCGUAUCCCGAGGCCAUUGCCAAGUUCAAGUACCUGCCCCAGUUGUUUUCCGUUCUGUUCUUCUUCAUGCUUUUGGUGUUGGGAAUUGGAUCCAACAUUGGCAUGGCCAGUUGUGUGAUCAACGUGGUCAAGGAUCGCUUCACCCACCUGCCGCACUGGCUCUUGGCGGUGGGUGCCUCCUUGAUUGGAUUCGUGUGCGGCCUGGUGUACAUGACCCCGGGCGGACAGUUCGUGUUGAACCUGGUGGACUUUUAUGGCUGCACAUUUAUAGCCCUGGUAUUGGCCAUUGCUGAGCUCCUGGCAGCUGGUUGGAUUUACGGCGUCAAGCGGAUUUGCAGCGACAUUGAGUUCAUGCUGAACAUAAAAACUAGCUUCUAUUGGCGCAUCUGCUGGGCCAUCAUUGCCCCUGGCCUGAUGUUCCUGGUCCUGGUCUACAUGCUCUUCAGCUAUGAACCUCUUACCUACCGCGGAGUGCAGUAUCCACCGGCCUACUACAUGGCAGGAUGGGGCAUCUGGGCUCUGGGGGUGUUGCAACUGCCCUUCUGGGCUGUUUAUACCAUCUACCAGCAGCCUGGCAAGACUUUUGCCAGUAAACUACGAAUGUCCUUGCAACCCACUGCGGAUUGGGGCCCAUUGCAGAGCCAGGAGUACGAGGCCUACAUACUCCAUCGAAAGCGUGAAUCGGAACUGAAAACAUCACGUGGCUCGUAUAUUUUCGACAAUAUCUUUGGCUGAAAGAAUACCCCCGGGGUGGAUUUUUAAUUUUACGCUUUAUUGUUAAGACCAAACGCACCAAACACGUUUGUUUUUGCUCCAAGCUUUUAGCUUAAAUUGUGACCAAAAAUUUCAAACAUUCUGUAAUUAAUAUAAUUUCCUUAGGCCUUAGGCUUAGCAUAAGCAUUUAGAGUUGUUUGCUUUAGGUUAUAUCUAAAUAAUUGAAUUAAUUUCGAGAGAAAAAAUAA